AUGUCGAGAACUCGCAACUCGAUGGCCCUGGGCUUCGGCCUCUUGGCCUGGAUGUGUCUCCUGUUCUCGCCUCUGGCUUUCGUCCAGACGGCUCAGGCUCAGGACACUGAGAACUACGGAACUGUUAUCGGAAUUGAUCUUGGAGGCAAGGUUGAGAUCCUCGUGAACGACCAGGGAAACCGAAUUUCCCCCUCGUACGUCAGCUGGAAUUCGGACGGAGAGAGACUCGUCGGCGACGCCGCAAAGAACCAGGCCGCUGCUAACCCCCACAACACUGUCUACGACGUCAAGCGUUUGAUCGGCCAGAAGUUCUCCGAGAAGGCCGUCCAGUCUGACAUCAAGCACUUCCCUUACAAGGUCAUCGAGAAGGAUGGCAAGCCCGUCAUCAAAGUCGAUGUUGGCGGUUCCCCCAAGACCUUCACCCCUGAGGAAAUCUCCGCCAUGAUCCUGGGCAAGAUGAAGGAGGUCGCCGAGUCCUACUUGGGCAAGAAGGUCACCCACGCCGUCGUUACUGUCCCUGCCUACUUCAACGACAACCAACGCCAGGCCACCAAGGAUGCCGGCACCAUCGCUGGUCUGAACGUCCUCCGCAUUGUCAACGAGCCCACCGCCGCCGCUAUUGCCUAUGGUCUUGACAAGACCGGCGAGGAGCGCCAGAUCAUCGUCUACGAUCUUGGUGGUGGUACUUUCGAUGUCUCCCUCCUCUCCAUCGACCAAGGUGUUUUCGAGGUCCUGGCUACCGCUGGUGACACCCACUUGGGCGGUGAGGACUUUGACCAGCGUCUCAUCAACCACUUCGCCAAGACAUACAACAAGAAGAACAAUGUCGACGUUACCAAGGACGCCAAGGCCAUGGGCAAGCUCAAGCGCGAGGCAGAGAAGGCGAAGAGAACUUUGUCAAGCCAGAUGUCUACUCGCAUUGAGAUUGAGGCCUUCUUCGAGGGCAAGGACUUCUCUGAGACUCUCACCCGCGCCAAGUUCGAGGAACUCAACAUGGACCUCUUCAAGAAGACUCUGAAGCCCGUUGAGCAGGUGCUCAAGGACGCCAAGGUCAAGAAGGAGGACAUUGACGACAUCGUUCUUGUCGGUGGUUCCACCCGUAUUCCCAAGGUCCAGUCUCUUAUUGAGGAGUACUUCGGCGGAAAGAAGGCUUCCAAGGGUAUCAACCCCGACGAGGCUGUCGCUUUCGGUGCCGCUGUUCAGGCUGGUGUCCUUUCCGGUGAGGAGGGUACUGAGGACAUCGUUCUCAUGGACGUCAACCCCCUUACUCUCGGUAUCGAGACCACCGGCGGUGUCAUGACCAAGCUGAUUACCCGCAACACUCCUAUCCCUACCCGCAAGAGCCAGAUCUUCUCGACCGCCGCCGACAACCAGCCCGUCGUCCUGAUUCAGGUCUUCGAGGGUGAGCGUUCCCUGACCAAGGACAACAACCUCCUCGGCAAGUUCGAGCUCACCGGUAUCCCCCCCGCCCCCCGUGGUGUCCCUCAAAUCGAGGUCUCUUUCGAGCUCGACGCGAACGGUAUUCUCAAGGUUUCCGCCCACGACAAGGGCACCGGAAAGCAGGAGUCUAUCACCAUUACAAACGACAAGGGUCGUCUCACCCAGGAGGAGAUUGACCGCAUGGUCGAGGAGGCUGAGAAGUACGCCGAGGAGGACAAGGCUACCCGCGAGCGCAUUGAGGCUCGCAACGGCCUUGAGAACUACGCCUUCUCCCUGAAGAACCAGGUCAACGACGAUGAGGGUCUUGGUGGCAAGAUCGACGAUGAGGACAAGGAGACUAUUCUCGAGGCUGUCAAGGAGACCACUUCCUGGCUCGAGGAGAACGGCGCCACUGCUACCACCGAGGACCUGGAGGAGCAGAAGGAGAAGCUGUCCAACGUCGCCUACCCCAUCACCUCCAAGAUGUACCAGGGUGCCGGUGGCGCUGGCGGCGAGGACGAGCCCCCCAGCCACGACGAGCUCUGA